AUGUGCACACAGGAAAAAAUUCUUAAGUCUUUCAUCUCCACCUCCAUGCUUAGAACAGCCAAGUUGGGCGGUCGCCAGCUCGAAUUCACGAGAAAUGUGGCCAGAAACGUUGCCAUGAAAAACGAAGUCCAUCUUUCCAACAGAAGAGUCAUGAGGAAAAUCAAAAUGGGUAAGGCCAGACCAGCCAUUUUCCACCAGUUUGACACUUUGGUGGAACUUUCAGACGGCUCUGUUAUCCGCAGACGCUCGCAGGCGCCAAAGGACGAAAUCAGAAUGAUCAACGACCAGAGAAACAGCCCCUUGUGGAACCCCAGCAGAUCCGACUUGGUUACUGCCGACCCUAAUGCUACAGGAAAAGUCAACAAGUUCAAGAAGCGGUUUUCGCAGUUCCAGACGGCCGAGACGGAUGCAGAAGAGAAGAAGGAAGACGACUUCAUUUCUUUGAUGGGAGAGAAUGUCACAGAGGUCCAGGCGGGUGGAAGAAUCCACGACAAGAAGAGGGCAAAGAAGUAG